AUGAGUGCCGGCCUGAAACAGCACCAUCAGGCCCUGCGGCCAGUCUGGGCCCGCCCGUCUCCACCACCGCCGUCUCUGCCUUCUAACCUGGCUCCCAGCUUCCCCUCAGACUCGCCACACACCAGUCUCUCCCCAGUGGCCGCCGGCUGCGUGCCCGUGCAGAGACGGCCCUGGGGGCGCUGGGGCACCUUUGCAGGAGGGAGGGUCCUAGAUGGGUUAAGUGCCGGUGGGGGAAAGGAGGAAGGAAGACCAGCCACCCAGGAGCUCCCUGGAGCCCCGCCCACCCCCGGAUCAACAGCCCCUGGCGCGGUCCCCGAGAGCCCGCCGGGAAUGCCCUGGCGCAGAGCCAGAGGGACCCAGGUCGCGCUCCCUUUUCCCUCCGGCUCCCCGCGCCUGGCCUCCGGGACCCCGCGCGCCCGGGCGCAAGCCCUCUCCGCCCCGGCAGCCCUCCGGCUCCCCGCGCCCGUCCUCCGGGACCCCGCGCGCCGCCCCGCGCCAGGGCUCGGCCCCGGAGCCGCGUCCGCGUCGCCGCCGCUCGCGUGGGUCCCGGCUAUGAGCCCCCGCGCCGCCCCCCGCGCCCCCGCCGGCGCCGCCGCCGCGCUGGGGCUCUGCAGCCUCCUGCUGCUGCUUCCGCCAGGAGCCGCGUGCCCCGCGGGCUGCGCCUGCACCGAUCCGCACACCGUGGACUGCCGCGACCGCGGGCUGCCCAGCGUGCCCGACCCCUUCCCCCUGGACGUGCGCAAGCUCCUGGUGGCCGGUAACCGCAUCCAGCACAUCCCCGAGGGCUUCUUCAUUUUCUACGGCGACCUGGUCUACCUGGACUUCAGGAACAACUCUCUGCGCUCUCUGGAGGAGGGCACGUUCAGCGGCUCGGCCAAGCUCGCCUUCCUCGACCUCAGCUACAACAACCUGACCCAGCUGGGCGCCGGCGCCUUCCGCUCGGCCGAGAGGCUGGUCAAGCUGAGCCUGGCCAACAACAACCUGGCGGGCGUGCACGAGGCCGCCUUCGAAACCCUGGAGUCGCUGCAGGUGCUGGAGCUCAACGACAACAACCUGCGCAGCCUCAACGUGGCCGCCCUGGCCGCGCUGCCUGCGCUGCGCACCCUGCGCCUGGACGGGAACCCCUGGCUCUGCGACUGCGACUUCGCCCACCUCUUCUCCUGGAUCCAGGAGAACGUGUCCAAGCUGCCCAAAGGCCUUGACGAAAUCCAGUGCUCCCUGCCCGUGGAGAACAGGAGGAUAUUCCUGCAAGAGCUGUCGGAGGCCAGCUUCAGCGAGUGCAAGUUCAGCCUCUCGCUCACAGACCUGUUCAUCAUCAUCUUCUCCGGCGUGGCUGUGUCCAUCGCCGCCAUCAUCUCCAGCUUCUUUCUGGCCACCGUGGUGCAGUGCUUCCAGAGGUGCGCCCCCAACAAAGACGCUGAGGACGAAGAGGAGGAUGAGGACGACUGA